GCGGCGGUCCAUGGCACAGGCGCGGUCGAGCCGUCCCUGCAGCCCGCGGGAGGAGGAGGAGGAGGGCGAGGGGGGGGGAGAAGAUGCCGGGGAAGCUGAAGGUCAAGAUCGUGGCAGGGCGCCAUUUGCCGGUGAUGGACCGCGCCAGCGACCUGACCGACGCCUUCGUGGAGGUGAAAUUUGGAAAUACAACAUUUAAGACAGAUGUGUAUCCCAAAUCACUUAAUCCUCAGUGGAAUUCCGAGUGGUUCAAAUUUGAAGUGGAUGAUGAAGAGCUACAGGAUGAGCCUCUCCAGAUCACAGUUCUUGAUCAUGACACCUACAGUGCCAAUGAUGCCAUUGGCAAAGUGUACAUAGAUAUUGAUCCUUUGCUCUACAGUGAAGCAGCUACAGUUAUUUCGGGAUGGUUUCCAAUUUAUGAUACUAUUCAUGGUAUACGUGGGGAGAUCAACGUGGUGGUGAAAGUAGAUCUCUUCAAUGACUUAAACAGAUUUAGGCAGUCAUCCUGUGGAGUCAAAUUUUUUUGCACCACAUCUAUUCCUAAGUGUUACAGAGCAGUAAUAAUUCACGGAUUUGUGGAAGAACUUGUAGUUAAUGAAGACCCAGAAUACCAGUGGAUAGACCGAAUUCGUACUCCAAGGGCAUCGAAUGAGGCCAGACAAAGACUUAUUUCACUCAUGUCAGGUGAACUGCAAAGGAAGAUUGGCUUGAAGGUGCUUGAAAUGAGAGGAAAUGCUGUUGUUGGUUAUUUGCAGUGUUUUGAUUUGGAGGGAGAGUCUGGACUGGUAGUGCGAGCCAUAGGAACAGCCUGCACGUUGGAUAAAUUAAGUAACACAUCAGCAUUUUUACCUGCAUGUAACUCCCCAUCCAAAGAAAUGAAGGAGAUUCCUUUCAAUGAAGAUCCCAAUCCCAAUACUCAUUCAUCAGGACCCUCCACCCCUCUGAAAAACCAAACCUAUUCCUUUUCACCUUCCAAGUCCUACAGUCGACAGUCCUCUUCUUCUGACACAGAUUUGAGUUUGACACCCAAAACUGCACCUUCCCCACAGGGACCUAGGAUUUUCCUGUUUCCCAGCUCCCCUACACUCUCUUGUGAUUCCCCACAUCUUAAAAAGUCCUGUCUCCUCCUCUCGGGGUCUAGCAUUAAACCUCUACACUCUAGCCAUGUCAGCCCAGUUGUUCUGAGGAAAAGUGUUUCUUUCACUGAAGAGCUGCUUCUGGCUGCUUCUGGAAUGGGCAGUGGGAGUGCUGGAAAAGAAGGGGGGCCAUUUAAAACUCUUUUAAGACAACAGACUCAGUCAGCUCUGGAACAAAGGGAAUUUCCAUUUUUUACCCUGACGACCUUCCCACCAGGCUUUCUUGUCCACGUUGGUGGUGUUGUCAGUGCACGGUCUGUGAAGCUCCUGGAUCGCAUCCACAAUCCCGCCUUUGUCGGAAUUAUGGGUAACACAAGAUCAUACAAACUGCUAGACUGGAAUAGUUUCAAUUCAGAUGAACCAGAGACACGAGAUGCAUGGUGGGCAGAAAUCAGACAAGAAAUAAAAUCCCAUGCCAAGGCAUUGGGUUGUCAUGCUGUAGUGGGCUACAGUGAAUCAACUAGCAUUUGCGAAGAGGUCUGUAUUUUGUCCGCGUCUGGCACAGCAGCUGUACUGAACCCUAGGUUCCUUCAGGAUGGCACCAUGGAAGGCUGUUUGGAACAAAGGUUGUCAUGGCAGCCUGGCUUCUUUUCCAUAGGGUCAGAGAAGGGAGAGGUUGAUUUUUUUCCUCAGAGCCAAGAUAGUUCUUCUCUAUUAGGGAUUGAAGAAGCUUCACCACCAGGUUGUGGAUUUUGCCAUAUACCAUAUGAUGAAUUGAACAUGCCAUUCCCUGCUCACCUCACUUACUGUUACAACUGCAGGAAGCAAAAAGUUCCUGAUGUCCUUUUCACCACAAUUGAUCUUCCAGUAGAAGCAAUAGUUAUUGGGAAGGGAUGUCUUAUUCAAGCCAGGUUAUGCCGUCUGAAGAAGAAAGCUCAAGCUGAAGCAAAUGCAACCUCUAUCAGUAACCUCCUGCCAUUUAUGGAAUAUGAAGUGCACACACAGCUGAUGAAUAAACUGAAGCUGAGAGGAAUGAAUGCUCUGUUUGGGCUGAGAAUCCAGAUCACCGUGGGGGAAAAUAUGCUAAUGGGGUUAGCAUCUGCAACAGGUGUUUAUCUAGCAGCUUUGCCAACACCUGGUGGUAUUCAGAUUGCUGGGAAGACUCCAAAUGAUGGCACCUAUGAGCAGCACAUAUCUCAUAUGCAAAAGAAAAUAAAUGACACGAUAGCAAAAAACAAGGAACUUUAUGAGAUUAAUCCUCCAGAACUACCUGAAGAAAUCAUAGGGUCUCCCAUUCCAGAGCCAAGACAACGUUCCAGACUAUUAAGAUCCCAGUCAGAGAGCUCUGAUGAAGUUACAGAGCUUGACCUUUCACAUGGGAAAAAGGAUGCUUUUGUCUUGGAGAUUGAUGAUACAGAUGCAAUGGAAGACGUGCAUUCUUUACUGACAGAUGUUCCACCACCUUCUGGUUUUUACAGUUGCAACACGGAAAUUAUGCCUGGUAUAAAUAACUGGACACCGGAAAUUCAAAUGUUCACUGCAGUAAGAGUAUCCAGAUUAAGCAACAUUAAUCCAACAAAUCAAACACUUAAUAAGAACUUUAAUGAUCUCUGUGAGAAUCUGUUGAAGAGCUUGUAUUUUAAACUCCGAUCGAUGGUUCCCUGCUGUCUUUGCCAUGUAAACUUCACAGUUGCUCUACCAGAGGAUGAAUUAGUUCAGAUUGCAGUCACAGCUGUUGCAAUUACAUAUGACAAAAACCAAGCGUUACAAACCAACAAAGCCCCUACAGAAAAGUCACAACAAAGAGCAUCUACAGACAAUGAAGAACAGCUACAAUUUCCAUUGGAACUUUGCUCUGAUCCGCUUGCUUCUCAACCAUUCUCUCCAGCUAAAGAAACCUUGGAGGGUGCAAGCUCCCACACAGGUAUUCCUGCUGCUCAGAGAGCAACGUCAGUUGAUUACAGUUCCUUUGCAGACAGAUGCAACAACUGGAUAGAGCUCAUUAAACUGAAAGCUCAGACCAUAAGGCGCGGAUCAAUUAAGACAACUGCUUCACUUGAUAAAGCAAGUCCACUGGCUGAGGGAUACUUACGGCACCGUUCUGUUCCGUCGUGCACCAAUUCUACCGUCUCAGUUGUUAAGAUGACACCUCUUUCUUUUCUUCCUGGGGCUAAAAUAACCAAAUACCUUGGGAUAAUCAACAUGUUUUUUAUACGAGAAACCACUUCUUUGCGUGAGGAGGGUGGUGUCAGUGGUUUUCUCCAUGCUUUUAUUGCUGAAGUGUUUGCAAUGGUGAGAGCUCACGUUGCAGCUCUAGGGGGGAAUGCAGUUGUCUCCUACAUAAUGAAGCAGUGUGUUUUCAUGGAGAAUCCAAACAAAAAUCAGGCUCAGUGUUUAAUAAAUGUCAGUGGCGACGCCGUCAUAUUUGUCCGUGAGUCUGAGCUGGAAAUGUUACCAGCACAGCCUUCUACGGCUGUUCCUCAGCCCACAAGUUCUGCAGGAGAUGUCACAACAUGAAGACAGAAAAAGUGGAAUAGUCUCUGCCAAAUAUGAAGAUUAUUUAAAACGUGGGAAUGUUUAGGUUUGCAUCUUCAAAAUCAGUCUCCGUAACAUUCAUAGCCAAAAUCCAAGACAAUCACCUUUUUUUGUUGUUUUUUUUUUUUUGGUUUUUUUUUGUGGUCUAACUUUAUGUAAGAGUCAGGGCAGGUGUGCACUGGUUCCUUUGUUACAAUUCCAGGCUGCAGUGAAACCUAGGGAGCAGGUGAAGCACUGAUAGGAGAGUGUGGAUUAGAAUAGCAGGCAUCACAUGGAACUGUGGAAUUAAGCAAGAAUUCUGUUGUAUUUUUGAGCUGUUCAACAGGACCACAGUAAGUUGUAAUUCAGAACCACUUCUGAGGUUGGGUGUCAUAUGAGCUGACUUUCAGGUUGAGGUGGGAAGGAGGUGAUUGUGUUAGCAGCCUUUGUCCAAGGACCAAGAGAUUUGUAUCCAGGCCAAGAAAAUGCAGGCUGGAGCCUGAAUUUCCCUUAGACUGUAGAGUGUGAAGAGGAAAAAGCAGCACCAAAAAGUCACAGUUUAAAUUUCUGCACACUAAAACUAUUUUUUCUUUUUUCUUUUGUUUUUCUUUUUCUCUUUGUUUCUCCUUUUUUUUUUAAUGUUGGGGGGUUUUAUUUUGUUUUUAUUUUUAUGGACUGUUUGUGAACUGCUGGCUUAUUUUUUUUAUAAUCAUUACUAUACAGCAGAUGUUUGGGGUGGGUAUUUGAGAGGGGUUUUCUGUUGUUUUUGUUUUAGUUUGGUUUUUUGCUUUUGUUUUGGUUUUGUUUGUUUGGGGGUUUUGUUUGGUUGGUUUUGUUUGGGGUUUUGUUUUUUUGUUUUCGUUUUUUGUUUCUUGGGUUUUUUUGGUUUUUUGUUCUUUGUUUUUAAAAAGCUGCUAGUGCAGUGUUCCUGGGCAUGCCUGUCAUGGGGGGAAAAAAAAAAAGAACAAAAAGUUCCAAAGUGUGUUUGGUGCUAUUAAGUGAUGUUCACUUCAAUAUUGACAAAACAAGUCUUUCUGUUAUUUAAGGUUUUGUGGAAGAAUUGUCCUGAGGUUCAUUUUCUUAAGGCAUGAAUGAUCUCUUGCAGGGAUGACAUAAACUGUCCCCCAAAAGUCAGUUGUGCAGAGGUUAUUCUGCAGCUUCCCAUUAAACAUGUGGGAAAUGCCUGGCUGAUUGGAGGUUGAUUUAUGUCUGUGACACUGGUUUCUGCAGGUUGGUUUUGUGAAAGGGGUUUUGUUUGGGGUUUCCUGUUUGGUUUUGUUCUUUUCCAGUACUGUAGCUGGGAAAUGAAGGUACUGCAAAGAAAGGAAAUUUGUCGUUUCCAGUAAAUGUCUGAAAGGUGGUGAUAUUUUAAUGUAACAAAAAAAUGCAAACUUUGAUUUGAAGAUGCAUUCUUACUUAAUUCUGACAAUAUCGUACAUGGAACUUGAACAAAGGUGUAAACUUGAAUGUAAAUAUCCUGUUUAGUGUUGAAAUUAUACAAUGGCAUGAUUAUUUGUUAAAACUAAUUAUUUCAUUGUAAAUGAGCAUGGAAAAUCAUUCUUGCACAAUAAAUUUCUUUAUAAAA